UAAGCGACUUCAAGAGGCAAUGGAUCUUGCUAUUUGGGUUGAGGAAAUGAGCGGUUACACAGAUAAAGGAGCAGUCUUACAAGACACCCAUAACAGGGCUAGUGCGCAAGUUUCAGCUUAUCUUGGUGAAAAUGCAGAGUUAAUGAGUCUUACCUUGUUACAAGAGGAUUCACAAUUGUUGGGAAAUGAGCUAAGCAAGGUUAAGGAGAGCAGGGAUAUCGAGCCACAAGGCACCAAGAGCAAGAGUCUACGGUUCUGGGGCUCUAUCUCAGGUCAGAGACUGUUGGUAGAAGUUGACUCUGGAGCGUCACAGAAUUACAUUUCAGAGGAGUUUGCUGUUCGAAUUAGGCUUCCCAAGAGAGUGACAAAACCCAGGUCAGUUCGUUUGGGACAUGGUCAGCUCAUUGUGAGUAAGAGCACUUGCCAGGGGGUUAGCUUGUUACUUCAAGGAGUUGAAAUCUCUGAAGAUUUUCUCACACUAUACUUAACAAGGACUGAGGUGGAUUUGAUUUUGGGUUACCCUUGGCUAUCCAAACUGGGAGAGACUUGUGUUAACUGGCAGGAUUACACCUUUUCCUUCUUAAACAACCAGGAUUGGAUCACUCUUUGUGAAAAGGAUGAAAAGCUGAAGCUAAGUACUCCAAGGAUGAAGAUUAAAAGUGAAGUUGAGCGAAGGUGCAAGACAGCUUACUAUCUUGCGGACAAGAUAGCUCCAAAUGGGGGAAUUAAGUCUAUGAGUGGAGUUGGCACAGAAUAUCCUAAGGAAGAGCACAAGACUUUCAAGAAGGGAGAAGAAGUUUCCUUGUUGAAGGUGGGACAGAACAAUGUAAGUGAAUUGCUCGGGAUAAACGAAGAAGAGGCAACUAGGGAUUGGAACAAGAUCAAUGUGGUUGGGAAUGACGAGUUAAGUGGAGCCAUUUUAGGCCUUGAAAAGUUACUGAUGUUCUUUACCUCGGAAGUUUCUCAUUCUCCCAGGCCACCAGAUAUACUGGGUGGUGAACGCUUGGUCUCAGAAAAUUCAAAGGCCAUUAUUGGCGACCAAAGCUUGGAAAACCCAGUGGAAGAAGUGUUGUUGUUCCCUAUCAAGUCAAGGUUGUUCACAUUGGGUGAAGAGAAUGUGCUUAUUGUAGCAGUUUCCACAAAAUUGCAGGCUAUUGUUUAUAAGUGUUGCAAUUUAAUGGAGAAGAUCGUUUCAAGGUUGAUUAUGUUACCAGGAAAUCAUUCCACUCGGGAAGUACCAGCUGGGGAGGGAAAAUCGAAACAGUCUCUGUUCAUUAAAAAAGAGUUUAUUGGGAGUUUAUGUAGCAAGACCAGUGGUGCAGGUGGAGACGCACAAGCUCAAGAAAUCAAGGCAAUGAACAACUUCAAAAUGUUUCAGUUCCAGCCACCAUGAGGACAUGGUGGUUCUCAAUGAAGGGGUAUUGUUAAGAUGGCAAUGGGCUUUUGUUGGGCUUUUGGUUACUAGGCCUUUUAUCCUUUUAGUGUUGUGUUUAAAUACUACUCUCUAUCGAUUGUAGAAGGUUAUCACUACAAGAAAAUAAGUUUAUUGAGACGUA